AUGGCGGCAAAGAUUACUGGCGGAGGGUGUUCAUGGCGGCGCUUUUCAAGAAAUUCGGACAAGACAAAAACAUCUCGAUUUCUUCUCUUCUCUGUUCGAUCCUCUCAUUCCAUGGAUGACAUGGACGCCGUCUAUAAGCAAUUGGGUAUCUUAUCUCUCUUUCUCUCUCGUAUUCCUCUAGAGAUAGUCAUCGAAGCUGAUGAGUUUUUUGGACUGUUUUCGCUAAAGAAGAAGAUCAAAGAUGUUGUUCUUAAGGCCGAGAUGUUAGCACCAAAUGCUCUUGAACACGAAGAAGAGCAAUGGAUAAAGCAAGAAGAAACAAUGCGUUACUAUGACUUAUGGGAUGAUCCAGCCAAAUCCGAUGAGAUUCUUCUCAAAUUAGCUGAUCGUGCCAAAGCAGUUGAUUCUCUCAAAGACCUCAAAUACAAGGCGGAAGAAGCUAAGCUAAUCAUACAAUUGGGUGAGAUGGAUGAUAUAGAGUACAGUCUCUUUGAGCAAGCUUACGAUUCAUCCCUCGAUGUAAGCAGAUCUUUGCAUCACUAUGAGAUGUCUAAGCUUCUAAGUGAUCAAUAUGACGCUGAAGGCGCUUGUAUGGUUAUCAAAUCCGGAUCACAAGACAAGAAAUCUCAGAUAUGGACAGAGAAAAUUGUAAGCAUGUACAUCAAGUGGGCAGAAAAGCUAGGCCAAAAUGCAAGAGUGGCUGAGAAAUGCAGCUUCUUGAGCAACGAAAGUGGUGUAAACUCAGCCACAAUAGAGUUUGAAUUCGAGUUUGCUUACGGUUAUCUCUUAGGUGAGCGAGGCGUGCACCGCCUUAUCACAAGCUCCACUUCUAAUGAGGUAUGUUCAGCCUCUGUAGAAAUCAUACCAUUAUUCUUGAGAGCAUCUCCUGAUUUUGAAGUAAAAGAAGAGGAUCUGAUUGUAUCGUAUCCUGCAAAAGAGAAUCAGAAAUUAGAUGAGGAUAUGGUUCGUAUUCAACAUCUUCCGAGUGGCAUAACCGUAGAAUCUUCAGGAGAAAGAAACCGGUUUGCAAAUAGGAUCAAAGCUCUAAACCGGUUAAAGGCGAAGUUGCUUGUGAUAGCAAAGGAGCAAAACAUUUCAGAUGCAAAUAAAAUCAACACCAAGAACAUUUUGGAACCAUGGAAAGUAAAAGAAACCAGGAGAUAUGUCUCCAAGGGUCAAAAGAUGGUGGUUGAUUUUAAAACUGGUUUAGAGAUUCUAGACCUUAAAUCGGUUUUGGAUGGGAACAUUGGGCCACUCCUUGGAGCUCAUAUUGGCAUGAGAAGAUCCAAUUGA